UAUAAAUAAACCAAAAAAACCACAUCAAAACUUCAUUCAAACUUUCACAAUUUUCUCAACCAAAAACCACAAAAAUGGAGCAAACUAGUGAAGGAAUUGGAAUAAAAAUGUAUAGUACAUCGAAACGCGUCGAUAAUUCAUCGUCUAUGUAUCCUACUAAUUUACCACAAGGUGAAAUAAUCCCAGAAUUACCAAUACCAAUUGGUGGUAAAAAAAGAAGAGCAAUGGCAAAUGGUGUACAAAAAACACUUUCAAAAACUUCAUUACUUGUUAAUUUUCUCCCAACGGGAACCCUUUUAACAUUUGAAAUGUUACUUCCCUCAGUAUUUGGUAAAGGAGAUUGUUCACCAAUUACUACAUUUAUGAUUUUAACGUUACUUGGACUUUGUACUUUGUCAUGUUUUUUCUUUCAUUUUACCGAUAGUUUUCGAGGUCCUGAUGGUAAAAUUUACUAUGGUUUUGUUACACCAAGAGGUUUGAAAGUUUUCAAGACUGGACUUGGUGUCGAUGUGCCAAAAGAUGAAAGGUACAUUGUGGGAGUGACAGAUUUUGUACAUGCAAUGAUGUCUGUUUUGGUGUUUGUGGCAAUUGCAUUUUCUGAUCACAGAGUAACACUUUGUCUAUUUCCUGGACAUGCUAAAGAACUUGAUGAAAUUAUGAGGAGUUUUCCAUUAAUGGUUGGAGUUAUUUGUAGUGGACUUUUUCUUGUUUUUCCUAAUUCGAGAUAUGGUGUUGGAUGUAUGUCUGCUUAGAUAUCUACGUUUACAUUCUUUCAUGUAUUGUAAUAUACGUUGGUUGAUAUUUAUUUAAAAUCUAUCUAUCUUGUAUUGAACUACGA